AUGAAAAUAACAGGCGCAACAAAUAUCCACAAAUUAGGAGGCACUCAGGGGACACAUGCAGCGCGGAACCUGAUGCAGCUGACGCACUCUCCGUCGUGUGGCUGCUCGGCGUGUGGCAGUGGCAGUCGCAGUCUCAAUUCUCAGAAUGGGCCCGUCGGCGACAAUGCAUUUGAGAUGCAAUCGGCGGCUAUCCGAUUCGGUCAUAACGUCACGAGAGAAGUCGGCCAAGAUCUCGCGUCGAUGCGGGCGCGGAUGGUGGGCGUGUACACGGAUCCCACAGUAGCGCGACUGAGGCCAGUUAGAGCGGUACUCGAGAGCCUCGAAGAGAACAUGGUCCCACACAAGUUGUUCGAGCAGGUCAAAUGUGAACCCAACGAAGACAGUUUGCAGGCAGCUAUCGACUUUGCACGCCUGCACAACUUUUCCCAUUUCGUUGCCGUCGGCGGCGGCUCUACAAUAGACACUACCAAAGUAGCCAACCUCUUCAGCGUUUACAAGAACGAUCCUCUGCUCACCUUUGUCAAUGCGCCCGUUGGGAAGGGGCAAUUAGUGACGCAGCCGCUCAACCCGCUCAUAGCGAUUCCUACGACGGCCGGUACGGGCUCGGAGACGACUGGGCAGGCCAUUUACGAUCAUCAGAGCUUAGGCGCCAAGACGGGGAUAGCGUCGCGCAUGCUUAGACCCACUAUGGGCAUAGUGGAUGCUUGGAAUAUCGACACAUGUCCUGUGGAAGUGCAUAUAAGCGCUGGAUUAGAUACGCUAUUUCACGCUCUCGAAUCAUACACCGCUAUACCCUACACACAACGCUCACCACGCCCCCAGCACCCGUCGGAAAGACCCGCUUAUCAGGGCGCGAACCCCAUGUCGGAUGUGUUUUCCCUCUGGGCACUCAAAACGACGGUCAAGAAUCUGCCCAAGGUCGCAGCGGACCCAACGGACAAACGCGCUAAAGAACAGAUGCUCCUCGCUUCCACUUUCGCCGGCUACGGGUUCGGUACGGCUGGAGUGCACUUAUGUCACGCUUCUUCAUACCCUAUAUCCGGCCUCAAUAAGAAAGGUCCUCAGUAUUGUCAUCCGGGAUAUGAGGAUGUAGGAGAAGCAAUAAUUCCACAUGGCAUCAGCGUCGCGUUGACGGGACCAGCUGUGUUCAAGUUCACCACACCAUCUAACCCCGCACGGCACCGCGAGGCUGCGGCUAUCUUCGCUGGAAUGGAUAUGGAACCGGCUGAGUGGGCCAGGCUUCCCGACAGCGAUAUCGGCCAGCUGCUCUACGACCAGAUUGUUGCUUUCUUGGGUAAGCUCGGCGUGCCAAUGGGAUUGAGCCGUGUGGGGUACACGCAUUCGCAUAUUCCAGCACUCGUCGAUGGCACGCUCCCGCAGAGGAGAGUCCUCAGUCUGGCGCCUAACUUUGACCCAGGUGUGGAUGUGGCUAGGGAACAUCUCGCUGGGAUUCUCGAGUCGUCAAUGAGGUAUUGA